AUGCAAACACAUAAAGAAGAACAAGUAGCAUCAUCGGAAUUGGAUGAAAUUUCAUCAUCAUUGGAAAAUGUCUAUGAAAAAGCAGCCCAAUUAAUUUAUAAUUCCAAAUAUUUAUUAAUUACAUGUGGAGCAGGAUUUAGUAAAGAUUCAGGACUUGCAGUCUAUAAAGAUAUUGCUUCUAAUCCAAUUUAUCAAGAAAAGAAUUUAACUUAUCAUGAUUUAGCAAGACCUGUUUCUACAUUUGAAACUGAACAAGAAUUAUUAGAUUAUUAUGGAUUUUGGGUUAAUUGUGCACAAAGUUAUUUAAAUACUCCUUCUCAUUCUGGAUAUCAAAUUUUAAAAGAUUGGAAACAAUUAUUAUAUUCUAAAAAGGAAAUUCAAAAGGAAUUUAAUGAAAAACAAAUUGAAAUACUUUCAGCAAGUCAAUGGUGGAAGGAAAAUUGUAAAAUUGCAUCAAAUAUGUUUAUUUAUUCAUCAAAUGUUGAUAAUCAUUUUAGUAGAUAUUUUGAAAAGGAAGAAAUUUAUAAUAUUCAUGGACAUGCUUUAAAUUGGCAAUGUGGAAAUCAUUGUAAUGAAGAUUGUGUUUGGAAUUUUACAAAACAAUUACAAAAUAUUAUAAUUAAUCAAGAAACAUUACAAAUUGAUAAUGAAAAAUUGAAAGAAUUAAAAUGUGAAAAAUGUCAACAUGCAUCAAUGCCAAAUGUAUUAAUGUUUGGUGAUUUGGGUCAAUAUAUUAGAAAUACAGAAGAAGAAGAUCGUUAUAUUGCAUGGGAAUGUUCAGUUGAAACUUUUUCAAAAGAAUCUUCAACUAAAUUUCCAUUUAUUAUAUUAGAAUUAGGAUGUGGAUUAACAGUUCCAUCUGUUAGACGUGAAAAUGAAUGUGUUUUAUUAGAUUGUGAUGAAUCCUAUCUCAUUAGAGUUAAUUUAGGUCAAGAAGAAUUAGAUACAAUUCAUAACGUUGACUUGAUUCCAAUGAAAAAUGAUAGAAUUUUAAAUAUUAAGAAUGGUUGUCAAGAUGCUCUUCAUCGUAUUCAUCAACAUUUAUUGAAAAUUAUUGAAAAUAACAAGUAAAAUAGAUCUUUUAUAUGGAAGUAAAUGAUUACUUUCAAGUCAAAGUUGUUCUAUAAAUUUGUAAAUUUUUG